AUGACUGCAGGCAGCAACGUUAGGGAACUUCAGCAACUUCUGAUUACUUCUCAGUGCCAGCCCGGAUGCUUGGUGGCAUGGACCAAAGCGAUUCACGAAGCUCAAGAGCCAAGUCAUUUGAUCGUUCGCAUUAGUCGAAAGAAGGCCGUCUCCUGUUCGCCAGACAAAGGAAGCCUUCAGUCCGUUUCUGAAGCUGAAGUCCUUCGAUGUCUAGAAAGGCGACUGGAAGAGAUGGAGCGAGAGAUGGAGGAUUUUAAGAAGGAACUCAGUGCUCUGAAACGGAUUUCGGCAGAAAAACAUGGAGAAGCGAUUGUGGCUGUUGGCGACCCUCCAUCCCCAUCUGUUCCAGGACGGGAGAUGAAAGAGAGGAUGAACGCCGGGACGGAGCCAGACCAUCACAUCGAUGACGUGACAAAUGCCACCUUCUAUAACUGGAUGACAUCUACCGCUUCGACAAAUGAAGGACCAACGGAUUCUCAAACACCUUCCUUCUCUGGGUCAGAAAAAGCAGAAGACUUCUCGAUCCCUCUCCUUCGUCCAGAUGAAACAAUCUCAGGGCAUCCAAUCACAGCCACUGCGCCAACAGUCAUGACUGCGAUACGCAUGACUAAACCCACUAGCCAACCUGACGCUUCUACUGAGCCAAGUACAAAUCCAAUUCCAAACACUUCAAUUCCGACUGAAGCUGAGCAAUCCAGUAGCUCCACUCCAGCCUUGCUCAGAACCCCAUUACAUGAAACGAUAAGGAGUGCUCAAAGCUCAAAGACAAAGGAGAAAACAGACGAGAUCAAUCCUAUUGCAGAAGAUGAAGCACCAAUGUUGCCUCAAGAGGCGCGAGUCGCUUCAAGUGGCAGUAUAGAGUCGCAAAAAGGUGACGAACAGAAGUGUUCCAGAUUUCUUGGAAAAACUCUUCUGAUCCCGAGCACUUACGAGAAGGAGUCUGGAAGGCCAUAUUCGGAAUACUCGUGGAAGAUCGCAAAUUUCUGUAAUAUUGUGCGCUAUUACUCUCCUGAUAAAAUGCUCAAGAGCGACAUGAUCUAUAUGGGCAUCCAAGGAUACAGAAUGUAUCUCGUGACUUUUCCGGCUGGCUUCGGAGGCAAAGGGAAUUUCUUCACCCACGUAAACCUGGCUGCGGGGAUGGUCUCUGGCUCUUACGACGAGCACCUGCAAUGGCCUUUCAAGCACAACAUUCGUCUCACCGUCUGUGUUCCGUGGAUCACAUCUUGCAUUUCCUUCCUCGUCAAUGCAAAGGAACCCGCGGCUUGCGGAGAUGUAUUCCAGAAGCCGAAGCAUGACACCUUCAACGACCCGUGUGGAUUCAUUCUUCCUGUCAAGACAAGAUAUGGAGUGGGAAACUGUACUGGCUUGGAAGAGGCAUAUUUCCAAGCCAGAGUUUAUCUAGAUUAG